UAGCCAUUAACGAGGAGACGGUGAGCGACGCCCCCCGAGAGAGAGUCAUAGACCUUGUAAGACGCUGCAAAGACACUAUAGUUCUCACUGUGCUGCAGCCACACCAGUCACCCAAAUCUGCCUUCAUAAGUGCAGCCAAAAAGGCCCGCCUGCGAACUAACCCGCCUAAAGUGCGCUUUUCAGAGCAAGUGUCCAUCAGCGACCCAGACUCAACAAUGCUCAAGGACGACUCUUUGCUACUCAUACCAAAUGUGUUGAAGGUGUUCUUGGAGAAUGGACAGAUUAAGUCCUUUACAUUUGAUAGCCGUACCACUGUUAGGGAUGUAAUCUCCUCACUGCAGGACCGCCUCUCACUGCGCUACAUUGAGCACUUUGCAUUAGUGCUGGAGGCAGGUGGUCUGGACCAGAAUCAGAGACUGCAUCUGCUGCAGGACAACCAGCCUCUGACACACGUGGUGCACAGAACGUAUUUCCAAGGGAUGAAGUGUCUGUUCCGCAUCUGCUUCUUCCCCAAGGACCCUGCAGAUCUGCUGAGAAGGGAUCCCGCUGCUUUUGAGUACCUCUAUAUACAGAGUCGCAAUGACGUCAUCAAGGAGCGCUUUGGCAUGGACUGGAAAUCUGACAUCACGUUGCGGUUAGCUGCUCUUCAUAUCUACAUCACUGUGUCCUCUGCACGUCCCAAUCAGAAGAUCUCUCUCAAGCAUGUCGAAAAAGAGUGGGGACUAGAGCCUUUCCUCCCCCUAACUCUGCUGCCAACAGUCAAGGAGAAGAAUGUGUGUAAAACCCUGUCUCAGUUGCUGAAGACCUACCAGCAUCCGCCACCAUCUGGCAACAAGGUCCCUCCUCUCCAAGGAAAGCUGCAGUACAUGCGUGUACUCAAUGACCUCCCACCCUUUGGAGGAAUACUGUUUCACACUGUUGGACUGGAUGAGAAACAAUCAGCUACAACACUACUGGUGGGCCCUCGACAUGGCAUUAGCCAUGUGAUUGACCUGAAAAACAACCUCACCACAGUUCUGGCAGAGUUCAGUAGGGUUGCCAAGAUCCAGCUCUACCGAGAGAGCCAGGGGGUGGCUCGUGUGGAGGUCACAAUCCAUGAGGCCAAGCCCCUGGUGCUACUCAUGGAAUGGCCGGAAGCCAGUAACUUUGCAUGUCUCAUCUCUGGUUACUACAAGCUCUUUGUAGACCCUAAACGGACCAUCUACUUCAGGACUCCUGGUCAGUCUCAGCUGACCAAGGCAGAUUACAGAAGCUCCCACCAUGUCCAUCCACGGUCUGGGGCAACCAGCUUGCCAAGUGGAGGACGGCGAGGGGAUGAGAGGGAAAGCUCACAUAGGGAGUCAGGGUCUGGAAGGGUUCCAGUUGCAGCAGAGCCUCAGCAUCUAGGCCUGUGUCAUGUCCACCUUCGAGAACAACAACAACUUCAGGAGCUCCAAACACAUGCUGAAACUGAACUCGACAUUAAUGACAACUUUAUUUCCCAGGAGCCCCCUGGGCGGUCUCGUACCAAGUCAGACCCCAUCCAACAGAGUACAGAGGAAAUAGCUGGAGUUUCAGAGAGUCCAGCAACGGAGAAUGCAGGAUUCAGAAGCCGAGCCCAAACAAUGGGUCAGUCCCAGAAAACCUCACGUUACUUCUGUGACUCCUGCAAAGCCAGGCACAGAGCAGAGGGUCUUGCAACAACAGUGAAUAAUAGUGGAAGCUCGGGGAAACACUGUUCCAGUGCUUGUGCCUCCAGAGAUGGAGGUGCUGUUGAUCUAAUGGCUCUCCCACCCCCAGGGAAUGAAGAGGAGGACGAGGCAGACAGUGGAGCAGAAAAGCUACAGCCACCACCACCUGCUAUUGCUGCCCCACCACCUGGUUUCAGAGACAACAGUUCAGAUGAAGAUGACACAAAGAGAGGGAGGAAGACACGAACCAGUGCGAGCUCAGGGGUAUCCUCUGGGAAACUCGUCCAAGCCAAGGAAGAUGUGCCUGUGACAUUGAUUGAUAAUGUUUCCACAAGAACAGUCCGAGAUCAUGCCCAGGAGCUUGAUGAUGCUCUGGUGUCCACCUUACAAGCACUCGAGGCUUUGGCAGCCUCCGAGGAUUACCCCCAUCACCCUCAACAGCCAACACAGACUGCAGGGUUGAUUGUUUUAGCUGCCAUUACACCUGAGUCAUCCCUGGAUUCAGGCCAUGAGACCAACUCCUCUGAACUGACAGAUGUUUCUGAAAUGGUGUCGGCAAUGAAGCAGAACCAGAACCAGGCCUACCUGCUGGCUCACCAUAUCAACAAGGAACGUAUCCUCUGUCGCCGUGACUUUCCCCUGGCUAUCCCUGGCUGCACUGCAAAAGCUAUUGGUACUGGGGCCUUCUCUGUGGGUCAGAUUCGUGCUGGCUGUCCACCCAAGCAAGUAAUCCUCAGCAAGACUGUUCCCUUUAAAGUCAGUCCCAGUCAAGACUCAACUGCAGUGCUCAGUGUUGUGACAGAACAUGGGGGCAACCAAGACACUACUCAGACUGAACAGAAAGCAGAAAUGAAAGCAAACUCUGAGUCCACCAAAGCAACCACCCCUGAUACCCCUUCUAAGCCACCUGCAGAAAUUAAAGUGUCUUCACUGACACCUCAAGUCAGUAAAAAUCAGAAGUUAUCAAACUCUUCUGGUGAGACACUGAGCCAAAAUCUUUCUGAUGGUAUGAAGGAGAAAACAACAACACCUCUUAAUACAGACCCUAGCAACAAAGCCUUACCUAUCCUCCUGCCUGUAGACAGAACUGCCUCCGCCAAGAUUUCUCACACUAAUAUGUGCCAAGAUGCCAAGACUGCCUCUAGCGAGACCAUUAAGCCUUCAAGCUCUACAGAACUUCUGCCAGUUGACGACCUUUUCUGCACUUGUCCAGUGCAACAGGAGCCUGGGCCCCAACUAAGACUAAAAGAUCCACAGGUUCAGAAGGUAGUGGUGUUUCAAUCCUCUUCCCCCACAGAUGAUGAACGUCUCCGAGCUAAAGGCCUCCAGCUGGCUAACAGCAAAGAAAAUGCAGUGAGAGUAGGAACAGAUCCUAGUUUGGCAAAGCCCAGCCCUCAAAUACAAACCAAGUACUCUCCUUGUUUGCCUAAAAAAGUUGAGAGAAAAGAAGCAACUGAAAACAAGGCUGAGGGCGCCCAGGGAAAACCCCAACUUGAGUCACAGAAAUCCUCUAUAAAAUCCUUACCUAUUUUAGAUGAUCCAACAACACCCAGUCUCUCUGUAGAUAAGGUCUCCACUCUCCCAGCCAGAGAAUCAAAGAAGCAAGGAACUGGUAAGGGGAAGUCUCAGCGCAGUGCUCCUUUCUUGAGUUUUAGAAACCUUCUGUCAGCUACGUUUCCAGCAAGAAUGCGAAGAGAAACAGAUGAGCGAAGGGCUCAGUUGCAGAAAGUACGUCAGUAUGAGCUAGAGUUCUUAGAGGAGCUGCUGAAACCCAAGUCAUCCCAGGGAGAAUUCUUGCCCCCGGGAUCCUCACCUGUGCCCUCAGGCACUCCAUGUGCCUGCCAGCUUCGCACCAGCCCUGUACUAAAGGCACCAGGUAUCUCCAGGGAGCAGCGACGCAGCUGUGACUGUAAGCGAAUGUGUAGGGGCAUGCGUUUGCCUGACACAUCAGUUGGCUCCACAACAGAAACACAGCACAGAGGUAGAGAGAGAACUAUCUCAAAGACCCCUCCAGCAGUCUCUAAAGCCCCUCACACUCAGGGUGCUACAAGGAGACCUCAGACCUUAGAGAUAAAGACCACACGAAUACGCUCUACCAGCCUUGAGUCAAGAGAGCCAAGGGGAGAGCAGGGUUUUUGCUUGCCCACCUGCACUUCUCAAACAGAUUGCAUGGGUGCUCCACAAUAUAAGAAGCUCCAGAGGCGCUACAGCAUCGGCGAGCUGGAUAACAGCACUAGCACACCUGUGUAUGCUGAGGUAAAGCCCAAAGCCAAGAGUCUAGAGAAGGAGAUGGAAAGAGUGCGAGCCACAGGCCUAAGGCUUCCCACCCCGGUUGAGCCAGUCCACACUCAGUCUCAUCAGGCAGAGGGAAAGGGGAAAAAGGGUGUGUUUUUCAUUCAGGGAGAAGAGCUACUGCGCGAAAGUAAAGAUGCGACUGGUGAGGUGUUGCUGACCCUGCCAAGUGAAGACAGUGAUGACAAAGAUAAAUGCUGCUCAUUCUGUUUCUGCUACAGGAAGUGUGAAGCAGCAGAUGAAAGCAGUGAGAAGGAUGAGCUCUCAUAUUCCAUACCCCUUCAGGUCCUUCCAGGCAUGGAACUGGACUCACGUACCUUUCCUGUAGUAAGCAAAACACUCCAGGUUCUUAAUGCAGAGGACUGCAGUGGGGAGGAGGAGGAGGAGGAAGAGGAGGAGCCACAGACACAGGAAAUUGACCUGAGAGCCUGUGGUACACUGGAGGGGAGCCUGGCACGGGUACAGGCCCUGCAGGGGAAAAGUUUCAGCUUGCCUGAUGGAUUCCUAAAUGCCCAGUUGGAUGCUAAUGAGUUGCUAGCUAUCCUGCGUCAGUGUGCUAACAGUCCACAAGCUGAGGGGGAGGCUCGUCUUCAACCCUCACAGAUUACAGAGUACAAACAGGAGCUGGCAGUGCGUUUCAAAGAAUUCAGGGCAUCUUGUCGGCGAGUGGCAAGUGUUGAAAAAAGCCCAACACGUAUGCUUGCUGUUGUCACAGCCAGUUUUCAAGUGUUGUGUGAACUAACUCAGACCUUCAUCAAAUUGGUCAGGGGGGUUCGUUCAGAAACCCAAAGGCUGCAGCUGUUAAGAAAAGUUGAGGAAGUAGCCAUCAACUACACUUUGCUUCUGCGGGCAGCAGAAGAAUCAAUGGGACACUCAAGCAGCCUGCCAACAAAGACAGUGAGCCCGCAGAUUUCCUCCAACACCAAUAAUAUGAGUUCACUCACUCGACCCAUCAAGACGCUACCCGCCCAGUAAGAAUAACUUUGGAAUGGAUGUAAUCCAAACAGUCUAGAAUGUGGGUGGCUACUGUUUCCAAAUUCAUUAUUUGUUUAUUGUUUACAUUUUUUACAAGUCAGCAAAUCAUCUUUAGUAAAAAUUGCAAUGCAGCUGUUCCAUCCCAUGUUUACAGGCCCUGAGGUAGCCUUGUGGAUCUUGUUUUGAAAUACAGAGAUACACCAAACUAAUGCACAAGACUGGACAAUACAGGGCUAAUCACCUCAUAACAGUAUUCACAAAAUACAUAAGUGAUUAUAGUAUAACAUUUUGUAGUAUAUAUUUGAGUUGUGUUGACUUAGCAAAUAAUAUAAAGUUCUGUGGAGAAAAAAAAGUGAAAAAUAUAUUUGAAAUGUAUUGAGUUAAGAGAAGAAUAAGAUUAUAAUAUAUCAACAGACAUAAAUGUGCGCUCUGGACAAAAAUAUUUCAGAGAUCUCGUCAAGUAGCAACUUCUGUUAAUUCUGUAGUCCAAAGCGUUGGUUGAUUAGGUGGUGAUGUGUGUUUGUUGAAUUUCCCUUUGUAAUGCCAAAUGGAGAUCUAUGUUGACCAUGUCUGGUGUACUGAUACAAGAGUGAAAAUCCAAAUGACAGUGUUGGAAAAUGAAAACCACUGAAAGAAAAUUCUCACAUUUUAAACUAUACUGACUGACAGAGGCCCGUGCUGUCACUAUAACAGUGCAGGUAUCAAACACACCUGCUCAGGGCAGACAAUGUAGCAGAGACCCAAGUCAUCGUCUUGUCCACUAUACAGUACUGAGUGUCGUUACCUUACUCGGCUGUAGAAAAGGAAUACCCACACUGUACUUACUAAGGCACAGAGUGUAUUUUACACCAUCACUGGACCAUGGCUCACUUGCACAUCACUUGUUGUGAAUCAUAGUUUUAAAUAUAGCCAACCACUUGCAAGUGAGUAAGCUUAUCACUAGAAUUUUGCACAACCUCUGAAAUUAGCUCUGAAGUUGAAAUGUAUCUUAUAAUGUUUCAGUGUUUUUUAUUCACUCUGCUGCUGAAAAACUCACUUGAGUCCACACCACCAAUUUUACAUAAUUCAUCUCCUCAAAGUUAGAUCUUACCCACUUCAAAGGAUACUUUGUUUUUAUUCAGGUAUUCAGAAUACAGUAUAGACAAAUUUGCUUUCUAUGUGCUGUUGUACAUUGUGAAAUCUAGCAAAUAUAUAAGAAACACACAAAGUAGUUUUCUAUGUAUUUUAAUAAAACUAACACAUCUGUUUCCUGUCUGAAAUCUUCUUUGUGUCUCAUCCUCUUGUUAUUCUUGAAAAUUAAUCACAAAGGCUUUAGAGUUGUGCUGGCCUAACAUGUAUAUUGGACAUACUGUUAAAAGAAAGUGCUGUGAAACCAAAUUAAUGGCGAAAACCGGGCUGCCACAAUACAUGAAGACAAGAAACAAUAUUGUUGUCUCUUGCACAAAAUGCAUUAGUUACUUGAACAUUUUAAAUACAGGAAAUACUUUAUAGCCAAACUGUAUCUUUGUUGUGCUUGUGUACAUUUGACCCUUUGACCCUGUUACCCAUUUUGCUAAUUUUAUAUUCCAGCUUGAGGGGCAAUGUGAUUAUUCACCAGUUUAACAUUAUGGCCCAUCUAUAAAGCUUUUCAUUUUACACAUGAGUCUGAUCUUUAACAUAAAAGCAAAAGCAGGAUAUCAGCUUUAUUGAACUUAUUUCCUUGGUUUCAGGAACUAUUUGUAGUGUUUACAAGCACUCUCUUUUAACGGUUUGUCCUUUGCUGUUAAUGUGGCAUUUUCCAUAAACAUAAUAUGCAGUGUUUUCUCUUUCACUGUGCUGCAUGUUUUCCCUUACUUAUUAGACUUUCAGGGGCAGAUAAUUUGACCAUUGGAGGUGAUGAUAUUGUUUGUACAGAUAAUUUUCCAGUUAUAAACUGGAAAACCAGGCAAAAAUGAAAGGCCAUUGUGGCAAAAUGUUACUGUUUUGCAAAUUAUAUUCAGUAUGGAAAUGUAUUAUUCUACACUGUAAAUGUAAAUAGUAAGAUAACACAUUUGAGAGAAUGUGAAAACACUUUUAAAACAUUACUUGUAACAUUAAGAUUUAUCCAGCCUCUUCACUAUUUUAUAAAAAGCAAAAGAUCAAACAUGCCUGGAAGGUAAUUAUUUAUAGUAGUAAUGUAACAUAGGAACUAAUAGCAAAACAUAUAUUUUAUUGAGUAUAUUACAAGUAUAAAGCAUGGGACAUGUUUAUUUUUAUAAAAAUAAAUGUCAGACAGUGUUUUCUCAUCAGCACAUGAACAUUUUAACGUUAUGCUAAAUUUUUUUUCUGUGGUUGUCAUUGUUCAGUUGCUUUGUUAAACUGUGUGGAUUUGUCUAUGUUUCAUUCACAUGAUGAGCCUACGACGGCUUGAUCCAUUGUUUCUUUAUGUGCACUUAUUCAUUCCUGUCUUUAUUUACUGUCAAUGAUCUGUCGUCACUGUGGUCUUCUGUCUGUGUACAAAGUUAACUCAUGUUUUAAGAGCAAUAAAGUAUAUUAUAUAA